ACUUUAUGUAUCCAUUUCGACCUAGACAGCAGCUCACCUAUGGUGAAAAUUCAGCUUUAUCUAAACGUACUCGAGUCACUGCCUGGUUGAAAAUUGUAUGUUACCACCGAAUACGGGUACUGAAGCAGUUUUUCUGAAACCACAUGCACCAUUCAGACUGGCUGCCUUCAACGUUCGCACACUUAUGCAGGUCGGACAACAGAUAGGGCUGGCUAUGUCUUUGGAAAUUCCUAAUAUCGACGUUUGUUGUCUAUCCGAGACCCGUAUUCAAGACUCUGGUGAAGUACUACAAGUUCGCUCCCCAUCUGUCGCCUCAAAAAGCUUGUUUUACAUGCGUUUAUCCGGGGGCCCUGUGGCAUCUUCGUCUGGUCUUGCUGGCGUUGGUGUCGCACUAAGCGCAAGAGCUGAGGCAGCACUAGUCGACUGGAUCCCCAUUAACAGUCGGUUAUGUGCUGUUAGAUUAGAAAGUUCCAUCAAAGUGAGAAGAAAUCGGCGUGAGAAACGAUGUCUUUUCGUCAUCUCCGCCUAUGCCCCGACAGAUUGCAGCCCGGAUGCAACCAAGGAUGAACCCUACCACCAGUUAUCUGUUCUUCUUCAGAAAGUGCGUCCGACAGAUAUUGUUGUACUAGCCGGAGACUUGAAUGCUCAGGUCGGGCGUCUAGGCACAGAAGAGAGUCGUUUAGGUGGCCGAUGAGGACUCGUUGGUCGCAGGACAGAUAACGGGGGACGUCUACUGCAACUAUGCACAGACCACAACCUGUUUCUGGCUAGCACUAACUUUCGGCACAGUCAUCGCCGAUGUGCCACCUGGCGUCCCCCUUCUGCAUCUCAAGCCUGGACUCAGAUUGAUCACAUUGCGAUCAGCUACCGCUGGCGUGGUUGUGUACAAGACUGCCGCUCCUUUUGGAGUACCUAUAUGGAAUCUGAUCAUGCUCUGGUCUGCGCCAAUCUCCCCUUACUUUUCAGUGGACAACGAAGUGACCGCCACCAAAUGAUUGAUGUUAGCAAGCUGGCUGCAACUUCUGUUGCUAGUAUGUACCGAACCGAGCUAGCUUCUAGGCUAGCUACCACUCCACCGAAAAGUAUAGAUGAGCAUUGGUUGCAAUUGCAUGACGCCAUGAAAAUGGCGGGUACAGUCUGUUGUGGGUUCGCGAAACGUCCCGCUUACGAGCACUGGGUUUCUUCUGGUUCCUUACAACUGAUUGAAGCCCGUCGGUCUACUCCGGGUGACCGUGAGUUUGACCACAGACGAAGGAUGUUACGUAACGAAAUCGGGCAAAGCUUGCGUAAGGACCGUGAAGCCUGGUGGUCGGAGCGUGUUAAUGAGCUGGAAGCAGCAGCUGCAUCUGGUAAUUACCGGAAGCUCUUCCAACUCAUCCGAGCCACUGGCAGCAAGAAGUUUGGUGUGAGCGAAACAAUCUGCGAGGAUGACGGAACGCCAAUCACUAACAUCCAUCGACGUCUUGUACGAUGGGCAGAAUUCUUUGAAGGGCAGUUCAACUGGCCUGCUGCUCCGGCAACAUCGGUCAGACUGUUCUGCCCUCCAUGGCCGGUGACGACUGAUCCACCAAAUGAGGCGGAAGUCCGCAAGGAACUCCAACUCUUGAAACGUUACAAAUCACCGGGCCCAGACGACUUACCUCCGGCUCUUUUUAAAAAUGGUGGUGACUUUCUGACUAAGGGACUGACGACGUUGUUUACAAAGAUCUGGGAACUAGAGAGUGUGCCAACAUCAUGGAAUGAGUCGAUAGUUGUCCCUAUCUUUAAAAAGGGUUCACGUUGUUCCUGUAACAACUAUCGGGGGAUAAGUUUACUUCCGAUUGCGUCCAAGCUAUUGGCUUCCGUCAUACUUCGUAGGUUGUUUAAAACCCGAGAAGGAUUGACUCGCGAGGAGCAGGCUGGGUUUCGUUCUGGUCGAGGAUGUAUUGAUCAUAUCUUCACCCUCCGCCAAGUGUUAGAACACCGCCAUACUUAUCAAAGGCCAACAAUCGUAGUGUUUCUUGAUAUCAGGGCUGCCUUCGAUUCGUUGGACAGGACUGUUCUCUAGAAUUGUCUAUUGAAGAAGGGUGUGCCUGAGAAGCUUUCUCAGACACUAAAAGCCCUAUAUACAAACACCUCAAACAGAAUGAGGGCAUACAACCACCUUCCUCCAUUAUUCCAUUCGAGCAGUGGGGUUAGGCAGGGUUGCCCAAUCUCACCAUUCCUCUUCAACUUUGCCAUCGAUGACAUUUUGAGAACAGCUCUGAUGGAUGUAAGUAAUGGUGGUGUGGAUCUGUUGCCUGGAGAAGGACUUCUCAACCUUGAAUAUGCGGAUGAUAUUGUCUUACUGUGCGAGAAUGCCCAAGCCAUGCAAUCCGCACUUAAUCAGUUGGCAAUCAAUGUCCGUAGGUAUGGUAUGUGCUUUGCACCCUCGAAGUACAAAGUACUUCUACAAGACUGGCAGGAUUCUAAUCCUGUACUCACUCUGGAUGGUGAGCAGAUAGAAGUGGUCGAGAAGUUCGUGUAUCUAGGUAGCUGCAUAAGUGCUGGUGGUGGCGAGAGUGAUGAGAUCAAUGCACGUUUAGUGAAAGCUAGAGCGGCUUAUGCCAAUCUGGGCCACCUUUGGC